CACACACACACACACACACACACACACACACACACACACACACACAAAGAGAAAACGGUGUAAGGUUGCGUGAUCAUGUGCGCGGAGGCUCCACGAUGAGCGGCGGCCGUGCGUAACGCCGCCUCUCCAUGGAGGACAAGCCGCUGUUCGGAACCAAGCCUUUCCAGUGAAACGAGAUGAAUCUAGAUCACGACGGGAUCUCCUUCCCGGUACCGAGCUUUGGUCCGGGCYGAGAGGCAGCCGCUGCCAGCGGGGAACAUUCCAGCAGCACUGGGAUUCCUGCAGCCGGGACUUUCUGGCACGACCCGCAGUUUGUUCCUGGCAGCGGGGGGCUCAGUCCGACCCCCGAGGACGGCCAGUUGGAGGGCGGGGGGUUGCUCUCCACCUGUAAGUCCGGUAAAAACAGGCCGGUGACGGUGGCGUAUGUGGUGAACGGCGAGGCGAGCCCGCAGAACAACGCAGAGAGCAUGGCCCUGCAGUGCCUCAAGGACGCCUGCGAGCGCGUGGGCAGCAAACUGGACACUGUCAACUUUGGCAAACUGGACUUUGGGGAGACCACUGUUCUGGACCGCUUUUACAACGCAGGAGAUCAUUUGCCAGAAGAACACUACCAGUUCUGCUAACUACACCUUCAUCCCAUACAUGGUGACCCCCCACAACAAGGUGUACAGCUGUGAGGGCAGCCUGAUGAAGGGUCUGACCGAGCUGAUGCAGCCGAGCUUCGAGAUGCUGCUAGGGCCCAUAUGCAUGCCGCUGCUGGACCGCUUCYUUCAGCUGCUCAAAGUGUCACAGGCCAACUCCCACCAGUAUUUCCGUGAGACGAUUCUGAAUGAGAUCCGUAAAGCUCGGGAGCUUUACACCGGCAUGGAGCUAGCGGUUGAACUGAGCCGGAUUCAGCAGCGGUUGGACAAUGUAGAGUGCCUUUCAGUGGACGUCGUCAUCAACCUGCUGCUGACGUACAGAGACAUCCAGGAUUACGAGUCCAUCGUCAAGCUGGUUGAAACUUUGAAGCAGCUUCCAACCUUUGACCCCAUGGCUCACCCACAUGUCAAAUUCCACUACGCCUUUGCACUGAACCGGCGGAACCUGCCAGGUGACCGACAGAAAGCCCUGGACAUUAUGCUGCCCCUGGUGGAGGGGGACGAGCAGGUGGCCUCAGACAUCUACUGCCUAGUUGGACGGAUCUAUAAAGACAUGUUCCUGGAGUCUCACUUCACCGACACCCAGAGCAGAGACCGAGGCACAACAUGGUUUAAAAAGGGAUUUGAGUCAGAGCCAACACUACACUCUGGUAUAAACUAUGCUGUUCUCCUGCUGGCAGCUGGACACCAGUUUGACACAUCAUUUGAGCUUCGUAAAGUGGGAGUGAAGUUGAGCAGCCUGCUGGGUAAAAAAGGCAGCCUGGACAAGCUGCAGAGUUACUGGGAUGUGGGCUUCUUCCUGGGUGCCAGCAUUCUGGCCUGUGAUAACAGCAGGGUCAUCCAGGCUUCUGAGAAGCUCUUCAAGCUCAAAGCCCCCAUCUGAACAAAGGGCUUCACGAGUGGAACUUCAGUGCCAAAUCUGUUCGAGGUGUCAGCAUCUCCAAGUUUGAUGAACGUAGUGCCUUUCUCUAUGUCCUCCACAAUGCUGAGGACUUCCAGAUCUAUUUUUGCACAGAGAUGCACUGUAGAAGAUUCUGUGAUCUGAUCAACAGUAUAACAGAGGAGGCCUGGAAAGGUCCAGAAGAAGGAGAGUGUGACACUGACAUCUUAGAGUAUGACUACGAGUACGAUGAGCACGGAGAGAGGGUGAUCCUGGGAAAAGGUACAUUCGGAGUCGUUUAUGCCGGCAGAGACCUCAGCAACCAGGUCCGACUGGCCAUCAAAGAAAUCCCAGAGAGAGACAGCAGAUACUCUCAGCCACUCCAUGAGGAAAUCGCUCUUCACAAACAUCUGAAGCACAAAAACAUUGUCCAGUACCUGGGUUCUAUCAGCGAAAACGGCUUCAUAAAGAUCUUCAUGGAGCAAGUUCCUGGAGGGAGUCUGUCUGCGCUGCUGAGGUCUAAYUGGGGCCCUCUAAAAAACAACGAGCCCACCAUCGGCUUCUACACGCGGCAGAUCCUCGAGGGGCUCAAAUAUCUGCAUGACAACCAGAUUGCCCACAGAGACAUCAAGGGUGAUAAUGUCCUCAUCAACACCUACAGUGGUGUCCUGAAGAUAUCAGAUUUUGGCACAUCCAAAAGACUGGCCGGAAUCAACCCCUGCACUGAAACUUUCACAGGUACUUUACAAUAUAUGGCUCCUGAAAUUAUAGACAAGGGUCCACGCGGAUACGGUAAACCGGCAGACAUCUGGUCUUUGGGCUGCACCAUCAUAGAAAUGGCGACCGGUAAACCACCUUUCUAUGAACUCGGAGAACCACAAGCUGCCAUGUUCAAGGUGGGCAUGUUUAAGAUCCAUCCAGAAAUUCCAGAUUCCAUGUCGCUGGAGGCCAAAGCCUUCAUCCUGCGCUGCUUUGAGCCUGAUCCAGACCGGCGUGCCACCGCCUUCGACCUGCUUACCGAUGAAUUCCUCACUGUAACCAGCCGCAGAAAGAAGAACAAGAGCAACCUCAGUGCUCCGACCUCAGGAUCAGAGUACCUCCGCAGCAUCUCCCUGCCAGUGCCUGUGGUGGUGGAGGAUACCAGCAGCAGCAGUGAGUACGGCUCUGUCUCCCCGGACAACGACCUCAACACCAACCCCUUCAUCUUCAAGCCCAGCAUCAAGUGCUACAGUGAGAAGGAUGUCAAGGGGCAGAGGUCCCUCUUUCUCAGCAUCCCAGUGGAGAAUUUCGAGGACCACAGUGCCCCGCCAUCUCCAGAUGAGAAGGAUGCAGGCUUCUUCAUGCUACGUAAGGACAGUGAGAGGCGAGCCACCCUGCACCAAAUCCUGACCGAGGACCGGGAGAAGGUGGUAGCCAACCUGAUGGAGGCCCUCACACAGGGCUCUGAGGAGAUUAAAUUGAAACCUCAGCACAUCUCCACCCUCGUUGUGAGUCUGGCUGACUUUGUCCGCAUGGCUGACAGGAAGAUCAUUGCCAACACCUUGUCUCAACUCAAGCUGGAGCUGGACUUCGACAGCACCGCUAUCAGUCAGCUGCAGGUGGUGCUGUUCAGCUUCCAGGAUGCUGUGAACAAGUUGCUGCGAAACCACAACAUUAAGCCUCACUGGAUGUUUGCUCUGGACAACAUCAUACGUAAAGCUGUGCAGACAGCCAUCACCAUCCUGGUACCAGAGCUCAGGCCUCACUUCAGUCUGGCCUCAGAAAGCGACCCYGCUGAUCAGGAGGACCUCGACGAUGACGCCGAACCUGGCAGAAACUCCACCCACCAAAGCCGAGCGGCCGCUGUUGCCGCUCACGAUGACACCGUGGCCACAUCAGGYGUCAGCACGCUGAGCUCCACUGUGUCCCAUGAAUCCCACAAUGCACAGCAUUCUGUCAGCAUGGAGCUGGGCAGGAUGAAGCUGGAAACCAACAGGCUGCUGGAGGAGCUUCUGCAGAAGGAGAGAGAAUAUCAGGCCAUCCUGCAACAAGUCCUGGAGGAAAGAGAGCGAGAGAUCAGAUUGCUGAAGAUACGAUCUGAGCCAGCAGAAAAUCCUUUGACAUCAGAGUCCCUGAAGGAGCAGAGGAGUCAGGCUGCAGACAGGCAUGAAGACCCAGAGCUGAGCAGCUGGCUGAGGCUUUACGGUGCCGACCAGGACUCCAUAGACAGGAUAUUGAAUGAGGAGUACACAUUGAAUGACAUUCUCCAUUAUGUGACAAGAGAUGAUCUGAAGAGUUUAAGACUGAGAGGCGGGGUCUUGUGUAAACUGUGGAAGGCCAUCAUGGACCACCGGCAGAAGCCGACCUGAAGCCCAAAGUGGAACCAGAAUCUGUCCGUGCUCCGUUUUACCUCAGUAUUUAUAGGAACAAGACUUUCCAGAGGAAGACAGCUGUGCUAACUGUGAGCUCAGGGCAGCUCUCCAGCCUCACCAGGAUUCCCAGGAGAAUUUUAUAAUCUCAAAACUGAUCACAAAGAAGUGCCACUAGUUUUGUUAUGCCUGUUGGAUACAAGAGUUUUUGUUACAGAUGUUCAAAAAUAUAUUUGAUUGUAAAAACAAAAACUAUUAGACAUUUUGAAAUUGUCAGAAACAUUUACAAGAUGUUUACAAAAAAUGACUGUCCAUUUUCUAAUAAGCCUGAGAUACAAAAGACUACAAUCAACAUUAUCUGUACUUGUGUUUUUAUUUCAUCACUACCUUAUUUAAAUGCAUUUUAUCAAAUUUUUUAUUUUGAUUUGAAGCAUGGCUGCGCAAUACAGUUUUUCAUUGUAUGUGGUUUUAUUUUUACACAUUUUCAUUAGACAUUUUGACAUUUUAUUGCCAGGAAUAUUUUUUCAUGUAAAUAUUGCUACAAAAUUCCAUGUGAAUUACCAGUUUAUGUACUGUAUAGAKUGCUUUGGUAAACAGAGGAAUGUCUUUACAUAAAAUGGAACAAGUUUAUAUGAAAUAAAUGGAGAACAUUUAUAAAUAUAUAGCUAUAGUUGUAUGUUSUAGUCUUACAAAUCAUAAAAGAAGAUAUUUAGUGAUUAAUUUUACAUCAGAUCAUUUGCUAUUGUUGUACAGUGACCAAAAAAAUAUUUAUCCUGCUUGUGAAUCUUUAUCAUGAUAAAUGUUGUGAAAAAAUCUAAAUGCAAACACAUUUCUCAUGGAUGAGCCUGUUUUUAUCCAUUUUCUCAGAAAUGGGUCUCAUAAUCAUGAGGUUCCUUUGGAAAUAUUUUGUGCCAUUGUUUGAAUAAAAAUGUUCUUGUUGAAACAGUGAA